AUGGAGGGUGGUGAAAUUUCCGGUAACUCAGAGACAGACCUAGGUGUUCAACUGACGGAUGCUAACGAUGUUGGUGGUGAUGAUGGCAUUGGUGGUGGUGGUUUUAUUGGUAAUGCUUGUGGGUAUGAUGAUGACCGUGGUGGUGAUACUCAAAAAUAUUCGGUAUCAAAUUGUAAUAUUAAUGAUUUUAAAAAUUAUGGUCAUAUUAGUGGAAGUGACAGAGUUGGUGGUAAAGAUGGUGGUGGCAGUUUUAUCAUAAAAGAUGUUAGUUUUAAUUGGAAUAAUAAUUGUAAUGUUGUUGGUGGUAAAGAUUUUGGUGAUCGCAGCCUGACGCUCGGGGUUGUUGGUAACGAUUAUUUGGAUUCUUCUCUCGACGGUAAUAAAUGUUUAAUGAUGAAAGGCACUGGCAAUGAUUUAAAUGGUAAUGAUCGUAAUGAAAGUGGUGGCUUUAAUGAUCGUAAAAAGGUAGGUAGUAACAAUGUAAUGAAAGUUGGUGCUGUUGGUAGAAAUACUGGAGGAAUUGAAAAUGAUCGGACCAAUAAUAAUUUUGUGUGGUUAAAAUAA